AUGCCAAACAAAAAUAAGUCCGAAGAAUCCCAACCUGAACUACCCUCAACGACGUUUGGGACACUCGGAAACCUGUUAUCCUACCUCCUGUCCUUACUUUCCUCCGUACUCCGAGGCGGACAUGUACAUACCCAACCCUCACACAGCCUGCCCGCACCGAAUAAGUUUGUCUUGGGAGACGACUUCCGGCGCUGGGCCACAGAUGCCCAAGAAUAUAUCGAGUUGUUCCCAGAAGACGACCGGCGGCGCAUUCUGCUUUUCCUGUCGGAUGGUGAAGCGAAGGAUAUAGCCCGAAACGUGAUCCGGCCUGGCGACACCAUAACCGCGAACUGGUUCUCUCGUCUGCGUCAGUAG